GACACGUAAGGGGCGCGGACCACGUGUCCAAAGCGGGCAAAACGGUGACUCAGCCUGGAACCUCCGAGGGUCUAGUGACGAAAGUACGCAGAAGGCACCUGUUGAGGGGUUGGCUGGACUCGAACCUGGUACCGCCGGACCAUGGCAGCAGCCAGGGCUAGCCUGGGCCGGAUCCUCCCAGAGUCCUCCAUCCUGUUCCUGUGUGACAUGCAGGAGAAGUUCCGUCCCAGCAUAGCCUAUUUCCCUCAGAUCGUGUCGGUGGCUGCUCGGAUGCUCAAGGCGGCCCGGCUGCUGGAUGUCCCUGUCUUGCUGACAGAGCAGUACCCACAAGGCCUGGGUCCCACAGUUCCAGAGCUGGGCGCUCAGGGCAUUAGGCCAGUGAGUAAGACAUGCUUCAGCAUGGUGCCCACCUUACAGAAGGAGCUGGAUGGCCGGCCCCAGCUGCGCUCGGUGCUGCUCUGUGGCAUUGAGACCCAAGUCUGCAUCUUGAACACGGCCCUGGACCUUCUGGACCGGGGACUGCAGGUCCAUGUGGUGGUGGACGCCUGCUCUUCUCGAAGCCAGGUCGACCGGCUGGUGGCGCUGGCCCGCAUGAGGCAGAGCGGGGCUUUCCUCUCCACCAGCGAGGCACUUAUUCUGCAGCUAGUGAGGGAUGCUGCUCACCCCCAGUUCAAGGAGAUCCAGAAGAUCAUUAAGGAGCCAGUCCCAGACAGUGGGCUGCUGGGCCUCUUCCAAGGCCAGAACCCCCUCUUGCUGAACUCCAGACCCUGACCUGAGGGGGAAGCAUCCUUUUCCCUCAUCUCUGAAUCCCAGGAGACCACCCUGAGGCCUGCCUGGUGGGAGGGGGGGCUGGCUAUGCCUUCUGCUUGAACAACUGGACUUGGAAAUUCAAACAAGACUUCUGAGUGUGGAAGGGGUGGGGGCAGGGGGUUGACUGAGGAGAAGUGGAUGAGGGACUCAGCUCAGGUCCACCUCAUGAGGUGGAAAAUCAAAGAAAGGGCAAAGAAGUCUCACAGACUGGGACCCCAGACUCUGAAUAAACGUUGAUGUGACUGUG